AGCGCCGCCGCAGUUAUCUUGCGAGUCGGAAGUUCAAGUUCUAGAUUCUGGAACUCCGGUACUUGCACAGUCGCAGAAGACAUGGCGAGAAUGGUAUUUAUCUGUGGGAAAGUAAGAGGCGCGUGCGGUGCAUGCUGGGAUAUGUAGUCGGCGCCAAGCUUAGUGCAGUUUAAGUGGGUGAGAAACUCCUCCCGGGGCCGAAGAGUGAACUGUUGCUCCUAGGAUCAGACGCCCCGCGGUGGAGUCUUAGUGCUGUCCUGUGCUCCCCAACGUGACUUAGCCACUUCGCUCCCGGUACGUCCUUGUCGGCGACGUUCAGACUUGAUUGGCAACCCUCAAAGCGCGGUGAUCAAUGGCUCCGAAAGCCGGACUGACAGACUCGCAGAACCCCAAGCCGUUUCAAAAGUGCUAAGUUCCCGACAGAAAGGUCUCGCCAAGCGAAUGAAAGAGUUAAACCUACCGGGAAAGUUCGCUGCCACUUCCUAGAGUCUCUCGGGCUUGGGGACCUUUCCGUUUCCGGUACCGGCCUCCAAGCCUCCAGUGCCCCGUUCUCCAACUGUGCUGAUGAGUUAAACGGGUGGCAUUUAGGAAACCGAGCGCUUUUCGGCCGCAAUGGAACUUGCGGCUCCAGAAGUGACCAGGGAGAAUCUAGAUGGGGCUAAGCUGCUGGAGAACCGGACGUCAAAAUUCCCGGGAGCCCCCAGGUCGCCCCUGGAUCGCGAGACCGCGCUACAUGAGCGCCCCCUCCUGGCGCGGCCGGAACAACCAGCCCCCGUGGAAAAAAUGCUGGACCAGCAGUACUUAUGUAGGUCAGGCUCUGGCCCCAAGGAAGAAACCUUUGUCAAGACCAGUGAUCCUGCAGUCCCCAAAGCUUUCAAGUGUAGGGAUUGUGGGUUGGCUGUACCCAGUCUCUCUGAUCUCAUUCACCAUCAAAGCAGCCAUGGGUGUGACCGCCCUUACAGCUGUCCAGAGUGUGACAAAAGCUUCCGGCGUGGCUCAGAUCUGGUUAAGCAUUACCGAGUUCACAGUGGUGAAAAACCAUACCCCUGCCCAGAAUGUGGCCGUUGCUUCAGCCUCAGCUCUAAUCUCACUAAACACCGUCGUUCUCACUCAGGUCUCCGGCCGCACAAGUGCAUGGAGUGCGGAGAGGCCUUUGGUCGCAGUGCAGACCUAGCAAAACACCAGCGGGUGCACACUGGGGAAAAGCCCUAUGCGUGUGCUGAGUGUGGAAAGACUUUCAGGGUUAGCUCCAACCUGAUCCAGCACCAGCGAACUCACACUGGUGAGAAACCCUACCGCUGUGGCCUCUGUGGCAAGAGUUUCAGCCUGAGCUCUAACCUUUUACAGCACCAGCGCUGUCACACAGGCGAGAAACCCUACUUCUGUGCCUGGUGCGGAGACAGCUUUGGGCGAAGUUCCUAUCUGCUAGAACACCAGCGUUCACACACGGGUGAGAAGCCCUACAAUUGCUGUGAGUGUGGCAAGAACUUCACCAACAGCUCAAACUGCCUACGGCACCAGCGCACUCACAAUGGAGAACCGCCCUUCAGGUGUCUUGAAUGUGGUCGUGGCUUUAGUGAGAUCACCAUGUUCACUGAACACCAGCGCAUCCACUUGAGCAAAUGACCUUUCCAGAAUGUGGCAAAAAUCUCACACCACAGUUCCAUCAAUGUUCACACAUGGGCAAGAAACCCUAGAAGUUUCCUGAUUGCAGCUAGUAUUUUUGUGGACACCAGCCUAUGCACACAAGCAAAGGCCUUUCAUUUGCAGGUUUGUCAAGAGCUGCAGUCAGAUUUCCCACUUGCUCUUCUACCAGGUGACCCACAUGAGCAAGAAGACCUCCAUCUGCCCCUUAAUAAGGCAAGCCUUUGCCCAUAACGCUUAGCCUUGUCUAACAUCAAUGGGUGUUCCAAGAUGAGAGUUUCUGCAGUUAUCCCUGGCUUCAAUGAAGGGACCAGAGUGUUGUUAGUUUUUUUUUUUUUUUUUUUCUUUUUUUCUACGUCCCGAAGGUGACUUAACUAAGGGCCACUAAUGGGGUUCACAAAUGGCAUCUGGGUUGAGCCACAGGCUAGACGAACAGCACUAGAGCUGUGUCUGCCUUCAGAGAAACAAGAUUUAAACACACACACAUGCACACACAAAAGUCCUGUUUUCUGAGAUUUCAUUCAGAAUCUCCAUUAGCUAGACAAAAGUUUUUAGAUGCCCAAAACCACAUAGCUCCUGCCCCAGCUGCAGAUAGGCUAACCAUGACAAAAGCAACAACUCCUUUUUCUCUGGAGGAAGAGGAUUACAAACCAGGCAAAGUCCAUGUGAGGACUACAGUAGCCAGAGGUUGGAGGAGGACCAAAGGGGAUGAUCAAAGGCUAUGUCUUGGCAAAAGGACCGGAGAAUUUGACCUUGGGAUUGUUACAUAAACUCUGGGUGUAAGAAACCAUUUGAGGAACUCUUCACCACUCAUUAACUCUCUCUACUGCUUACACUAGGGUGCUAGAGGUUGAGGUAGAAACAAAGAAAUAGAUGUUGAGUUCAGGAUACUUUAUGGUAUUUCUAGGCAGGGGCAAAGGCCCAAGAUUUGUCAUCUCGUUCUUUUCUAGUCUUCAGUCCCUUCCCUUGAAAAUCCCCCUGCCCCCCUCACGCCCUUUCCUUCCUCCAUCAGUGGAAGAAUAGUGAAAACUUCUGGACUUUGGAGAUUCAGUGUGGCCUUUCUGUCUGAUAUAGAGGAGGUUGCCCACACAAAUGUAUUUCUACUGCUAACAUUAUCCUAUAUGGGAGCACAGGGUUUCCCAGAGCACCACAUAGUCUUUGAGCAGAGUCCAAGCAAUAAGAGACUGCUUGUUUUCCCGAGAGGUGCCCUUGUCUGCACCACAUGCAUACAAGUGUCUCCUCAAUCUUUUGUGACAGUCCAUCCAUCCUUAACUGCAGAAUCUGGAUCCCCUGCCCUCCAGUUUUGCUGCCGUUUAUCAAGCUUGCUGUGUCUGUAUAGAAUAAGAGGCUAAAAGAGGAAGAGAAUCAGGUUACCCAGCCUCAGUUUCUAAGUGACUGGGUUUGUCUCUAGUUGUGUGACUCAUUUCUUUUUCUGGCUCUCAGUUUCUUCAUCUGUGAAAUAUGCAGUGUACCUCAACCAGGCUGUGACUAUUCCAUGGAUAUACCAACUUUCAUGAAGUGCCUGGUUAGGGGAAUGGCUUAGUAAGCCUCAGUUCUCAAAUCUGGGGUCUUGUUUAUUGUAUCAUUCAGAAAACAUCAUGGAAACUCAUGGAUCAGUUUCUAAGAUUGCCGAAAUGAACUAGACACUCCUGGAGUAGUCUAUUUUCUAAUAAAGGCACCGCAACAGUAAUAGAGUGAAUGAUGCUGGCAUUGGAGAUGGGGUGUCACCUGGAGCAAAUCUGAAAGGCAUGAACAGCUCUGGCUCUUUAAACUGUGUAGGGGAAACUUACUCCAAGCAGGAGUAAGUAAUUAGAGAAAUUCUUGAUGUGUUUCCAUCAACAGUACUUCAAAAAACACAACCCCUGGGUUUGAGUUGAAAAUCUGAGUAUAGCACAUCUAUAGUUGGCACUCAAUAAAUAGUUGUUAUGGUUUGGUUC